AUGUGCCCCGGUGCAGACAAUGAGCCCAAUGGGCACACCAACGGCGCCAAUGGCACCGAUGCUCACCCCGGCUUCACUGCCGUCGAGACCCGUCAAAACCCUCACCCUUCGGCUUCUCGCAACCCUUAUGGCCACAACGUCGGCGUGACCGACUUCCUGAGCAAUGUCUCUCGUUUCAAGAUUAUCGAGAGUACCCUUCGUGAAGGUGAACAGUUCGCCAACGCCUUCUUCGACACCGAGAAGAAGAUUGAGAUUGCGAGGGCUCUGGAUGACUUUGGUGUCGACUACAUUGAGCUCACCAGUCCCUGUGCUUCCGAGCAGUCAAGAAAGGACUGCGAGGCUAUCUGCAAGCUUGGCCUGAAGGCCAAGAUCCUCACACACAUCAGAUGCCACAUGGACGACGCCAGGGUUGCCGUCGAGACUGGUGUUGACGGAGUUGACGUCGUUAUCGGAACCUCAUCCUAUCUCCGGGACCACUCCCACGGCAAGGACAUGACCUAUAUCAAGAACACCGCCAUUGAAGUCAUCGAAUUCGUCAAGUCCAAGGGCAUUGAGAUCCGGUUCUCCAGCGAGGAUUCGUUCCGUUCUGACCUCGUUGACCUCCUGUCCAUUUACUCCGCUGUCGACAAGGUUGGCGUUAACCGUGUUGGUAUCGCCGACACUGUCGGUUGCGCUUCUCCCCGCCAGGUUUACGAACUUGUCCGUGUGUUGAGAGGAGUUGUUAGCUGUGACAUUGAAACUCACUUCCACAAUGACACCGGGUGUGCCAUCGCCAACGCUUACUGCGCCUUGGAGGCUGGUGCCACUCACAUCGAUACCUCUGUACUUGGUAUCGGUGAGCGUAACGGUAUCACUCCCCUUGGUGGCCUCAUGGCCCGUAUGAUGGUCGCCGACCCCGAGUACGUUAAGGGCAAGUACAAGCUCGAGAAGCUAAAGGACAUCGAGGAUCUGGUUGCCGCUGCCGUUGAAGUCAACAUUCCCUUCAACAACUACAUCACUGGUUUCUGCGCUUUCACCCACAAGGCCGGUAUCCAUGCCAAGGCCAUUCUCAACAACCCCAGCACAUACGAGAUUAUCAACCCUGCCGAUUUCGGUAUGACUAGAUACGUCCACUUCGCUUCGCGCUUGACGGGCUGGAACGCUAUCAAGUCUCGUGCUCAGCAGCUCAACAUUGAGAUGGCCGAUGCUCAGUACAAGGAGUGCACUGCCAAGAUCAAGGCUCUUGCUGAUAUCCGUCCCAUUGCCGUUGAUGAUGCUGACAGCAUCAUCCGUGCCUACUACCGCAACCUCAAGUCAGGCGAGAACAAGCCUCUUCUUGACCUCACAGCUGAAGAGCAAGCUCAAUUCGCUGCCAAGGAGAAGGAGAUUGCUGGCUCGGGUGUUAUUGCUUAA